AUGUAUGCCUUACUUAAAUGUCAUACUGCAGGAGACAAAAACAAGGAGGGACAAGAACACCAAUUGAAUGACUUUAGCAGUCGCUUGCAAGCAGCUCAGUCAAUGGUGCACGACGGAAAUGGAGUUGGAAGAACAGGUCGGGUGCUGCCAAGCCAUGCACCGAUCGAGUCACCAGUGGAUGGAGGAAGGGGAGGUGGAAGAACACGUCCUGUGCUGCCAAGUCGUUCACCAAUUGAGUCACCUGUGCAUGAGAGAAGUAGGGCUGGUGGAAUAUCAUGCGCGGUGCAUCCAAUGGAAUCACCUCUGAACAAUGAUUUUCUGUUAACUCCAAGGAUAUCCCCUAGAGGUCACCGCACAGGAGUACACAGAAAUCUGGAGAAGGAAUACAAUGCUGAAAACCAUAAUUUUUCGCAACCCAACCGAUCGCGAUCAGCGUCUAAUUCUCCUGUAGCAAAUAAUGAAGAAGUUGGCUAUUCACUGCAAGAUGGUCGAACACAACGUACCACAAGAAAGAAAACGACUAAUCUUGCGGUUGCCAAGAGGGGGAAGGAGAAAGUAAGCGUGUACGUUUUUAAAGAAAAAUUUUGUGGUCACUAUAGACAUGAGCUUAUAAACUCUAUUGGGUCGUGGGUAAGGCAAAGGGACAAUUGCCCACUAACAUAUGAUAAAUUUGAUGAUAUGCCUGAACAGAAGAUUGCCCGAGUGAUCCAGAAUGUCCGGGACCACUUUAUUCUCGUUCCUGAUGAUGAAGUGGCUGUCAAAGUGAUCAAAGACGUGAUGAGGAAUGCCUAUAAGGCAUACAGGCACAAACUUCGUCUAGCAUACAUAAAAGCUGGGGGUGAUGGGUUCGCUGGAUCAGAUGGCCAUGGAGGCUUUGGCACACCCUCCCAAGAUUUCCCCAACAAACGUGAUUGGGCUCACAUGUGUGAGCACUUCACCACCGAUGCGUUCAAGAAAAAUUCUGAAAGAGGACGUCUUGCUGCGGCUGCGAAGCAACUCAACGGUAUCAACCACAGUAAUGGCAACAAAAGUUUCACUAGUAUCGAAUACGAGUUGCUGCAAGCCGGAGAGCCUUGUGAUCCAGUGACUUUCUUCCGACGAACCCAUGAUCCUGAAAAGAAAAUCAACCCCAAAUGCAAAGAAAUGAGUGAAAAAAUGAAGGCCAUGAAGGAAGCCGCAGAUCGGGGAGAAACUAAUGACACUCCAGAAGAGAUAUUUAACAAAGUUCGUAAUGCUGGAUGUUCGGGUAAACGUCGUCGCAAGGCUCAUCCAACUAACUACAGUUUAUACCAGAAAAAAGAAGAAGAAAUGGCCGAAUUGAAAGUAAGAAUGGCAUCCUUGGAACAGGAAAACAAAAGGCUUAAGAAAGAAACAGGUCCGAACGCGACAAAGAAGUGGUUGAAUGAAUAUCUUGUUAAAAAUGGCAUGCCGGCUAUGGAAUUAUCAUCUGAAGAUGAAGCGGAAGAUGAUGAUGAAGAUGCUGAUGUGCACGGGAGUCAAAUUCAUGAACAUCGAGAUGCCUUUGAAGGUAGUGAUAUGGAAGCUGAAGAGGAGGAUGUAGAGGCCUUUGCAGAUGGUCAAGAAGAAGGUGACGAGGAGAAUCCGGACAGGGAACUCGAAGAGGAUGAUGAAGAAGAAUAUUUUGAGGUUUAG